AUGCUGCUUGAAAGAGGGUCACCUGCGAGGUGCUUCAUGACGCCACCGCCGCAGCCACCUUCGCCAUGGAAGACCAUACGUUCACGUUCUCCCGGUGUGCCAUUUUCGGAGAGAAAGAAAUCACCAAACUCUGUGAAUAAAAGUGAUCUUUUUCAUAUAAUUCACAAGGUUCCUGCUGGGGACUCACCUUAUGUAAAAGCCAAGCAAGUUCAGCCCAUAGAGUUUUGCCAUUGUAGAAUUCAUGGGAUGGGGUGUGAAGGACUUGAAUUGGAAGGGGAUUCCUUGUUAGUUGAUAAGGAUCCGGGAAGAGCAAUUUCCUUGUUUUGGGCUGCCAUCAAUGCCGGUGAUCGUGUUGAAAGUGCCUUGAAGGAUAUGGCCUUGGUAAUGAAGCAACUGAAUAGGUCAGAUGAGGCAAUUGAAGCUAUCAGAUCUUUCCGUCAUCUUUGUCCUUCGGAUUCUCAGGAUUCUCUUGACAACAUUUUGGUUGAACUAUUUAAGAGGUCGGGAAGGGUCGAUGAAGAGAUCGCCAUGCUUCAUCACAAGUUGAAGCAAAUUGAAGAUGGCAUAACCUUUGUGGGAAGGACAACAAAGCAAGCAAGGUCUCAAGGGAAGAAGAUUCAAAUAACUGCUGAGCAAGAGAUAUCGAGGAUACUGGGCAACUUGGCCUGGGCUUACUUGCAAAAAGGAGACUAUAAAACUGCUGAAGAACAUUACAGGAAAGCAUUGUCUUUUGAGGUUGAUAGGAACAAGCAGUGCAAUUUGGCAAUAUGUUUGAUGCAUAUGAACAAGAUUAAAGAAGCAAAGUUUCUACUCCAGGCAGUACGCACGGCUACAAAAAACAGAAAGAUGGACGAGUCGUUUGCUAAAUCAUUUGAACGCGCUUCUCAGAUGCUAAUUGAGAUAGAGACAUCAUCAUCAGAGAAUGCAUCAUUAUCAAUGAUGAAUAUGCCUCAGAGCUCUCCACUAGGCUUUGAGAACUCGAUUAGAAAGAGCUCAGAUAGUGUUAGGAGUAGGACAGAAAACCAGUCUGAGACAUCUAAGGGGAAUGUAUCUCAUGCCAGGAGGAGAUUGUACCAAUCCCCUGAUCCUGGUAGAAGAGACCUGAAUCUGUAUGUUCCUAGCACGAAGCCAAAAAGAUCUUCAUGGGGCUUCAACAAUGGAUAUCGAAGGGAUGCUUGGGUAGAUGUCCAUUCAGACUCUAAACCUUCAUUUGGGACUCCUCCUAACGAUAAGCAUGUCAUAAGGAUGCUUAACUCCAAAGAAAACGGUUUCUCUUCACCUGCCAACGGAAAGUGGAGGACAAGGACAUUGGAAGAUCCUUGUAUGCUAAAGCAUUCUGAUUUGUUACACACUGCGAAUACAGAAGCAGCUGUGCAGUUUACUGAGAAGGAGAAAUCUGCUGCAGUAGACAGUAGUUAUGGAUCAAUAAUGUCAGAAUCACAUGUCAUGGUUGAGAAUGGUACCAAUGAUUUUGCUUCAGGAAAUGGAAAACAACUUGAGAAGAAGAGUUGGGCAGACAUAGUAGAAGAAGAACAAAAUGAAGAGAAUGGCUUCUUUAGUGGAUACAUAAAUUUUGAUGGUGAGAAUGGCGCAGAAGUGUUUAAUGAUGAAAAUGAAGACUCCAACAUAAUCUAUCGAAGUCCUUGGCCACAGAGUCAGCCUGAAUGGUCAAGCAAGAAACUUGAAUCAUUGGAGCAGAAAAAUGGCUAUUAUGCAUCUGGGAGUGCCAUUUUGUCAAGGAAUCCAACAGCAAGGCGUUCUCUAUGUUUCAACCCGGAACACAGUUCAGAUUCAGCAUAUUCCAUUUACACGUCAAAAUCACCAAAAAAGGCUUCAAACUUGGGCAUCCAGGACUCAUUCAUUGGAGAGAAGAAACUAGCAAGGAGAAGCAGGUUACAGGUAUUUCAGGAUAUUACUCUUCUCCCUGAAACCCCACGAUUUGCCUAA